UGAAAAGUGAGAAGGAAGAAGGCUAAGGGGCUAAUGGGCCUAUGUUUUAUGUAAAAUAAAUAAGCUCAUUAGGAUGACGGCGCAAUCUAAAUAUAUAGUAUUAGCUCGAUUGAUUUCUUUAGAGCUCUCUCUAGAGACAUAAACAGUAAACAGAGAACAAGAUCGCAGCGCAGUAAUAAUGGGCAAGGACUCGCAGGCUCCUGCGUUCAGACGUGUUUUUGAGGCAUCGUUGGCAGAUAUAGCCUUACGUACAGAUGCAGCUGAACGAUGCCUUAUCUUGUCAGGAGGUGUGGACACAUGUGCUAUUCUGGCAGCAGCCAGCACACUUGGCAUAACUUUUGGUUGUGGUAUUACCGUAGUCACAGGUGACGCUAGUCCUGAUGAAGGGUUUUCUGUAGCUGCUGCACAACAGUAUGCACUUGAACACCAUCUGCUUCGAAUUUCGAUCGAAGAGCUUAUCGACAUACACCUACCCAUGGCUGUGAAAUUGCUGGAAACAUUCGACGGCAUGACGUUGCGCAAUAGUCUGGUGAUUGCCGCUGCCUUCCAGAAGGCCAAUGCGUUGGGUUACAAGCACGUGGUAGUGGGCGAUGGCGCAGACGAGUUAUUUGGCGGUUAUUCGUUUACCUGGGGAUACGAAGAUGAACCCCAGGUGUGGAAGGAGAAACGUGACGCCAUGUGUCAAACCUGGACCUUUGCCACUGCACAGUUGGCAGAGGCGUAUGGGUUGGUGUCGCACAGUCCCUACACAGAGCCACAGACAGUGGAGUGGGCUCUUGCUAAUACACACAGGGACGACUGUAUAGGCACACACGCUAUCUGCUUGGUGCAUCGGGGUAAAAGUAUCGAGCAUAUUGCGGGGAAGAUCAUUCUGAGGGAGGCCUAUGAUACUGUGUCGUCAUGGCGACGCAAAGAUCCGAUUGAAGUUGGGUCGGGCAUCACUGUGAUCGGCAAAGACCCCUACUGGCAGGAUAAAGUGUCAGACAGUGAGUUUCAAAACCAACAAGCAGAGGCUGCUGAGCGUGGCUUUGUACUGAAGAACAAAGAGCAUCUGGUUAAUUUCCGAGCGUUUGAGGAGUGUUUUGGACGCAACGGUGUGAAACUGGACAAAAAGCGAGAGCUCGGACAGGGAUGUGCCGGUUGCUGCUUCGAAAUAGGAGAUAAGACUUUCUGUCAUCUCUGUGGCGCUUGGCCAGCACAACGAUCCAAGGAAGAAUAAAACGUCUGAUGCUAUGAAUGCUAUAGUUGC